GUACACUUACAGACUUUUAAUAUAGAAUGCCUUGCCUUUAACUUCACGUAGCUCCCGCAACAGAGGGGCUAAUAUGUCGAUGGAAGAUCCUUUUUUCGUAGUUAAAGGUGAGGUGCAGAAAGCCCUGUCCAAAGCACAGGGGCUGUAUGACCGCUGGGAGGAGCUUCUCCAGGAUGAGACACCCGUCAGUCGAGAUGAGCUGGACUGGAGCACCAAUGAACUUCGUAACUGCCUGAGAGCCAUCGAUUGGGACUUAGAGGACUUGCAUGAAACCAUUAGUAUUGUGGAAGCAAACCCUGGGAAGUUCCGUCUAGGAGAGCAUGAACUACAGGAGAGGAAAGACUUUGUGGAGCGAACGCGGAAAUCUGUCCAGCUGAUGAAGGAUCAGCUCGCCAGUCCUUCGGCCGUGGCCCAGGCAGAGAGGAAGAACAAACAGGCUCUGCUGGGGGCCACAGCAAAAGAUCGCCAUGCCGGCCUGGAGCCCCAUCUGGUGUCUGCAAACUCCAGAUACAUUGAGGAGCAACAGGAACAACAGCAGCUGAUCAUGCAGGACCAGGACGAGAAGUUGGAGUUGGUAUCCGGCAGUAUCCGUGUCUUAAAGGACAUGUCCAACAGGAUAGGAGACGAGCUGGAUGAGCAGUCUGUUAUGCUUGGUGAAUUUAGUGAGGAAAUGGACCAGACCGGUUCUAGAAUGGACUCUGUGUUGAAGAAAAUGGAGAAGGUUUCACACAUGACCAGCAUAAAGGAAUCCACAAAGUUAUUGGCACUUGGAACACAGAGGAAACACGGGCAUGUACUUUAGGAUGGGGUGAAGGGUACAGAGGUUUUGACAUCAGUAGACACUACUGCAUUUAUUUCCAAAAAGCAGUUUUCUGGUGAAUAACAUCUCAUGCUGUGAGUGCACAUUUAACAAUUAAUAGUGUUUCCAUGUAUAAUGUACAGUAUGUAUAUAGAUAUUUGCAUUUACAUAUGUAUCUCCAUAGAUCUAUAGUGGAAAAAAUAGCUGCAGGGUCCCUGUGACCACACCAGAGACAUGCUCUCCGUUGCCACGGUGAUGAAGCUCCCCAGCCCCUGGUGAGGUAUAAAUCUACCACAUUCCAAAUCCUAAGCAUCUGUGCAAUUCACAUCUAUUAGUUGUUUAAAGAUCAUGAGAAGUAGCACCAUCAGCUCACAGAGUCUACCACAACACAUCGUCUGUAUCAGGGCCACGGGAGGUAUGGCUAAAGGUGUAGGGAGGUAGAUCCACACACCUACUUGUGUGUGUAUGUGCAUUGGUCUCUGGUGGCCAGGGACGAGCAUUAUAUCAAGUUCGAUAUCUGUAAGUCUUUGAGGUUGCCAGCAGCGCAGAUGCGCACAGAACUGGGUAAACGUACAUUGAACGGCAAGUAGGAAAGGUAGAACGAUGAAGGUCAAGUUGCAUGAUUGACAUCUUAUAAAAAGGAUGACAUUCCUGAUUGAAAGCCCAGAUUUAAAGAGGUACGUUUUCUUCAGAGGUCUUUAGAUUCUGCUCUAUUCUUGUUCGCAUACUCUUCCCUAUACCCACAAUGCCUUAUCUCAAUAAGAAAAAUAAAUGUAAAAAUAAACGAAAUGUAAAAUUGCCGAAACAGCUAGUGAGGCAGAGAGAAAAUCAAGGUGCUGUGGAACUGCUUUACAAGUUUCCCUCUGCCUCACUGUCAUGGGAUGAUCAACAGAUAAACAGAAAACAAUUCAAACAUGUUAUCUUACAUUAUUCUGUGGCCGCAGGUUUUUGGAGAGUUGGUUUUUUGAUCAUCAAUAACUUUGAAAUGGUAAAAAAAGCCUGCUAUCCUAUAGGGGUCACGUCACUUCUUUCCUUCCUUACAAACAGUCAUUUAAUAAUUAUAUCAUGAUAAAAAGCAUCAUAGUUGAAAUUCAUAAAGUGUCAAUCAAGAGAAAAGAUUCUUUCUUUCCUCUGUUAGGAUUAUUAUCUCAGAUUAUAAUAGCUACUUGCAAAUCCUCAUAUUGGCCAGCUGCUUAUAAAGUGUCAUUUUAAAUAUUGAUUGAUUUGAUCGUCACACUUGCAAACAUCAUCUAAGACGAUUCAUUCUAGUUAUAAAUACUGGCAUUUUAUAUUUGGCAGUUAAGAACAUUCCCACUAGAAACUUUCUUUUGGUCAGGGGUUAUUCAAUUCAAAAUAAAAAAACAAGAAUGUAAUUCUUCAAGUUAAAUAACAAGCUGUCAAACUGCAGCCUUUCAACACCGAUGAACCGCAUAGCAGUUCCUUUCCUCACCGGCAGACUUUAUUAAAGAUUCCCACCAGGUGGCGCAUUUCUCUAUGUCAACAGCAUGAGAGGCAGUACCAACAUCAUUUAAAGAUUCUCUUCAUCAGCAAAACAUUUCAAUACAAAAUUGCUUUAAGACAUAAGGGCGUGCAUAAAAACAACCACCAUCUCUUGUUGUUUUCUCUUUAUCCCGUAAACCUCAUCUCCUUCAGACUCGUGGCCCCCACCUCAGAAAUAACAUUUCAACACAGUAAAAUACUCUCUAAACUAAUCUAAUACCCUUCCCAGCGCUUCAGUUUUAUAAAUGCAAAAAUAUGGCGUCCUCUUCUAGCUUCUGUACAUUUCAUGUUCCUUUACAAAAUACUUAGCAGGUCUACAAUCUAUGUUAAAAAUGAGUAGCAUCUCUCAAUGGCCAAGCACUACACUCUAUACUUGAGUAUAAAAACAAAAUCAAACCAUAAAAAAGUUGUUUGUGUCUUAACCCAAAGGGUAAAUCAUCUCUUGUUCUGCUUGACUUGCACGAUACUCAUAAACACUUUACUCUCAAUAGCUUAACUCAUGCUUCACCCUCUGAAUUAAAGGUACUGCAUCAGAGACCGCAAGCGGCAGAUGCAGGUCCCUGGUCGGACCCCUAUAUGAAAUAGUUCCACUUAAUCUCAUCUCAUCGGCUUCAGGUGAUACGCAAAACAUUCCUAGCAUAUCAUGUUAAAAUGAGAAUGAGGACACGUUGAGAAUAUUACAAAUGCAGCCCCUAUGAACAUGCGUGCUUGCUGGUCCCUGUGUUUCCCGACUAUGUUCAUAACAGUUAGGAAACAUCGGUCUUAUCUAGCUGUACCUCGGAGGAUCCAGCUCCUCAUUCCAUUUGAGAUGACGAAAUGGUUAUAUUUGACAUUUUCUAUUUAAAAAAGGUGUUCAAAAACAGUAAACCAUUUUAACAUGCAUCUGUUGUUUGGACAGAGGAUUGGCACUCAUUCAAACACACAUCAGAUCGUGUUUGUAUUCGCAUUUAGUUGCUUUCACUAUUUUCCAAGUGCCAAAAUUGGUUUCAAAGUCGGGCUGUUGAGAAACAGGAGGAGCACAAUAGGAUCAUCAGGAAUGCGUAUUAAAAUGUAAAUAAGGUGAAUGUAAAGACGACAUUGAAGAAAACGAAAGCAGACUAAUCUGAUUAAGAUUUCAAUGAGAUUUAAUUGUUUGUUUCGUUAAUGUCUGAUGCCUCCAUUUGGGCAACGGCUCACUGCACUAGUUGUGUGUGUAAGACUCUGUGUGCGUGUGUGUGUGUUUGAGCAUCCAUCUCUUCGCCAAUCCAUACCCUCCCCUUUCUGCUUGCGUCUGCACUGCAUAUCCCUUACUGAGUCAGACAAAAACAAACAGAGCUCUGUGAUCUCUGCAUACACACAUACCAGCCACCCGCCCAUCACAUACACACACACACACACACCAACACCAACACCACCCACGCACCCUUUCAGACGUGCAUUUGGCACAUGAAAACCAGACAUACACGCAUAUUUCAGAAUAAAAAAAGGGACGCACAAACGCUCCCUCCCACAGACACGCACAUUCAAACAAGUGCACCAUCAUCACAGUCUUUGGUGUCUCUCUCUCUUUGCAUGAACAUGUAGACAUUAGCGCACGUCUCCAAAAAUGGAAACGGCUCGAACGCAAAAAGGAGCAGAGCACGCAUGCAUGCAGACUAACCAGACGUUCUGAACCCACAAUCCCUUUCUCUUCUGUGUCGAGCACUGGCUGCGUCAAACUCCCAGCCAGAAACUUUACAUCUUUUAUGGCAAUUCUGAACAGUUCUGUGCAAAUUUCUCACCCUCAUUCGAUCUGUGAUUUGUGCAGUCUCUUGGGACCACGCUGCCUGCUUUUCUACCAUGGCCUGGUCCAGUGCAUUUGAUUAACAAACGUGAGCUGCCAUCUUUUAACAAACCUUCUUUUAAAGAAAUUGAAAUCUUUUGAAACACACAAAUACAGGGUCUAUGCCUUUUUUAAAAAUAUUGUUUAAUAUUGGGACUAGGGCUGGGUGAUAUACAAUUCACAAUGAUUCUGGUAGUGAUAAUAAAUUGAAGAAUAUAAAUUGCUAGAUGAAUUGUUGCAAGAGAAAAGUAGGCGGAUGAGUAUAUACACUUGAAGAAUGAUUGAGAGAACUGUAUAAUCAGGCUCCUCCCGAACCUACAUUUAAAACGGUUUUAAAGGUCCAGUGUAUGAAAUUUAGUGCCAUCUAGCGGUGAGGUUACAAAUUGUAACCAAGCGCUCACUCCAUCCCUCCCUUUCAAAGCACUAUAUGGUGACUGACACAGCACUAAGAUGUUGUCACGUUUUCGCCGAAGGAGAUAACGUAUUUACGAAACGCGCUCUGUAGAGCAGUUUGUCCGUUUAGGGCUACUGUAGAAACAACAUGGCGAAUUCCAUGCAAGGGGACCCGCGGUGUAUGUAGAUAGAAAUAGCUCAUUCUAAGGUAAUAAAAACAUAACGCUUCAUUAUGUACGGUCUUUAUACACCUCUGAAGACAGUUAUGUAUAUUAUAUU